AUGGACGACGAGGGGUCGGUGGAGAUCGAGGAACUCUUCGCUCUGCUCAACCAAAGGCAGGAAACGGGAGGCGAGGCUGAAGGGCACGGGCCCAACGAAGAAGGCGCGGGUCGUGAUGGAGUUGGUGCUAGCCCCGAUCAGAACGUUCGACCAAUCAACGAGGUGACGUCUUCCGGCAUGUUCGGGCUGGACGGACCGCCAGACGUGGCGGAUGUCGAGAAGCUGCGCAUGCUGAGUGUGGCGAGGAAGGACUUCGGCAAGGUCGAGCGCGUUGCCCGCUCGAUGACCGCGCAAAGGAGCUUCUCAGGAGCCUCUCGCUGUACGGCCACCGGCAACCCAUGUCGAGAGGUUCGGCUCAAUAUGCGGCGGAAAAUCCAGUCGCUCAUCGUUGGCUACGGCGUUCCGGCCAUCUGGUUCACCAUCAACCCAAACGACAUUACGAACCCGGUGAAGCUGCGACUGGCGGCAUAUCGGACACGCGAUCCCGGCGCGGCCGAGGAGUUCCUAGAAGGCCUUGGGAGUGCGUACAAGCGGACAAGGCUGGCCAUGUCCGAUCCGAUGAGCGCCGCCGUAUUCUUCCACCGGGAGAUGAAGCUCUUCUUCGAUCAUUACGUGAAGGUCGGAGAAGAGUCGGUAUUCGGGCGCAUCGGCAAGUACUAUGGCGCUGUGGAGACCAACGAACGAGGGGCGCUUCAUGUUCACGGCUUGCUCUGGUUGCACGGAAACGCGCAUCUCAGCUCGAUGCUUGCCGACAUCCACGGGGAGGAUCAGGCGGCGUAUCGCGAGCGAAUCAUACGAUACGUCGAUAGUGUCUUCUCCGAGGAUCUGGAUCAGGAAGGGUUCUGCGCCGUGCAAGCGGAGCGAUCUGUGACGUCCGAUAUUUCCUCCCUGCUGGACAACACCGAGCAGUUUUCGGCCGCAUUUGACGAGGAGGCCAACUUCUGUGCCGGCGCUACACAGGUUCACACGCAUAGCCCGACCUGUGUCAAGUAUUCCUUGGGCAAAGGAGCGCGGAAAGGGAAUCCAUGCCGGUUUAAGUCUCCAUGGAGGUUGGUCGACAAGACCGCCAUCACGGCAGACGGGGUGUUGCAGAUCCGGAGGACUCACAGCAUGGUCAAUCGAUGGAACAAGGCUAUCGCUGUUGGGCUCCGGCACAACCACGACAUUUCCUUCAUUGCGACGCAGCGCAAGACCAUGGCCCUUAUGUAUUAUGUCACGAACUACGCGACGAAGGUGGAGGACCCGGUGUGGAAGCGUGUGGCGGCCGCGGCCGAUCUCCUGGCCGCCUCAACGGGUGACGGCACGGCCAACGGAGGACAGGACGACGGUGGAGGUGCUGUCGAGGUCGUCGCUCAUCUUCUUGGAUAUCCGGCCGAGUUCACCAACAGCAGCGCCUGGGCGUACCUGAACACAUCUCUGCUGUACUGGGAAGUCUUUCGACGGUGGCCGUAUCUCCGACGAGCAAGUGGCGCGGCGGCCAUAGAUGAUACUCUGGAUGAGUCGGUCGUUGUCGAAGAAGCAGGCCUGAGGAUCUCCCACGUUGAGGCGUACCAGCACCGGGGAGAGCUCCUGCGAGGGCUAUGCUUAUACGACUACAUAUCGCUCGUUAGACUAAAACGCACCAGUAAGGAUGAGAGCUGUGCGGCCUGGGGGGAGGUGCCCUUCGAGGAUGGAUGGGCGCCAGGGAGACGCUGGGUCCAGGUGCUCAGGCGGCCGGGCAAGCAUGCUACCGUCUGCCUCGAUGGCUACCUGAGCAAGGACUUCGGCCACAACGACGACGAGGAGUCGUGCCACCGGAGCAUCUGGGAGCGGGCGCGAGAGGCGCUGGCCCCGAGAAUAUCAUGUCUCGUCGACAACGUGCAGCUGCUUCGACGAUCAGCCGAAGACGCAAAGCGCGACGCCAAGCAAUGGGCGGCCUCAUCCGGCGAUGGCGAUUCCACGGUCGCCCACGUCGAGGAGGGCGAGACAGGCGAGGCGGGCGCAGAAUUUGCAGCGACGUAUCGGUCCAACAACAUCGGAGACGCAACGCGCCUGAUCGACGUCGUCCGAGGCGCAGUGGGCACGAAUCAGGUGACGGCCAAGUCGCCGGAGCUCAUGGCAAUGAUGCGGCAGCUCUGUCGAUUCCAGCAAUCGGCGCUCUGCUCAACGGCCGAGCUCGAGGCCAUCGCGAUUCCCGAACAAGGGUUGAGGUGCAUAAGCAUGCCAGGGCGGGUAUUUUCCGGGGCCGCACUACCGCCGCAGGAUCAGGUCAAGGCUAUCAAGUCGCAGCAGAUAAACUGCCGCGGCGCAGAUCAACGGCAUCACGAUCCACCCGCCUGCGGGUUCACUAAAGACCAAGGGGCGGGCGGCGCGAACACAGCCAAGGACCUUGACGGGGUGCGGCUGACAAAACGGGCGGAGCGGUUCAUCCACGGCCAGUCUCGGAUGGACUGGCAGGAGAAGGACGUGCUUGUCAUCGACGAGAUUUCGGGGAUCCCCAUCGUCCUCUUCUGCGGAGACUUUCAGCAGUUCCGGCCGGUCCAAGAGAGGUCGAUCGUCCUGCCGAGCGCGGCCAUCUCGUGGGACGUAGACAACUCGUUCAAGGCCGAGCAGCGGCACCAGCACGACAAAGCGCACGCGCUGUGGAAGAGAUUCACGACGGUCGUCAUGUUGAACGAGCAAAUGCGCGCCGCCGGACCGCACGGAUCUGGACCUCCUCAACUCAGGUGCUACCGCGAGGGCAGGCGGAUCCCUUGGGAGACUGGCAUCACCGUGGUGACGCCGCUGAACAGGAAUCGGUGGAACCUAAACAUGGAGGCAAGCUUGGCGUUCCGGGUCCAGCAGCGGUCGACGAUGCGCAUCUUCAUCUCCGAGCACAAGUGGAAGGAGGGCCUGCCGACCGAGGAAGAAGCGAUCAUGGUACUCAAUCAAGGCGACGAUAGCGCGAUCCCCGUGCCGGCCGUCUUCAUGUUCGUGGCCGGGAUGCCGGUCGUCGUGAACCACAACACCCAUCAGGGGCUGAAGCUGGUGAACGGCGCCGGCUACUCGGCGGUGGAGGUCAUUGUCGACAAGGCGUCCCCAGGGCAUCGAAUCUCGUCCGACAUGACGAUCCACUUCGGCCGCCGGCGGGGAUAUUACUGGAAUCGGCGACGACAAAGGACCUCCACUUCGUCGGGAUGCCGCCGGGCACGAUCUUGUUAA